UCGGCCGGAGUAGGAGAGCGUAGUGUGCAGGGAGACUGUAUGUGUUGCUGUCAGGGCUUGAACCGUGAUCUCACUCAUCAGCAAAGUGGCUGUGCCAGGGAACGAGACAAGGUCCUUGUGGCUGAACAACAACAACGGCGAAGAAAAAAUGCCGAUGAUUCUGACGCCGAGCUACCGGGACCCCCAGCCCCAGCCUCUCGACUUUUCCGUCAAACCGACUUACAACAUCCACAGACACUUCUUGCACUCGAGCAACAGCGAGACUUCGGACGAUGAAGGGAUCGGGCCACCCGAUGCGGACAAUUCGUUGAGGGAAAAGGCGUUUUGUGCCGACCUGGGGAGCAAAGGAUGGCUGAGGGAGUCGGCCUGGAGGCGGGAGGAAGAGGCUAAAGCUGCCAUACAGGCGAGGCUCGGCAUCACAGGUACGGAUCCUGUUGGAAGACCGGAAAAAUGCAGCUCGCCCACCACAAGUGAAGCUAACGGCGAAGCGGAAGAUCUGAGCAACGACAGUGAAAGCUCUGGAAGCUGUUCGCCGGCCGAGCACAGGACAGGCGCGCUCAACCUGGUGACGGAUACACAGAGGCGACCCAGUAGCGUCGGUCAAUCGCCGACGAACCCCACCAGUAUCCAGGCGGCGAUCGCGGCCAUCCAGGCCGGUCAAUUGGGCCAGCUAAUGGUGCAGUCACAGCUGCCGGGCGCGAGCAUCCAAGCGCUCCAACAACAGCUCCACCAACACCUCCAACAAUACGUCCUAUACCAGCAACAGCAGCAGCAACGAUCGCAAGCGACGCCGACGCACACUCAACACCACUCUCAACAGUACUUCAUGCCAAACCAGGGUUUGCUCACGCCCAGCAUGAAACAGAGCAUCACACCGCCCAGGCUUUCACAUUCCGUUCAGGGUGGAAUACUAGGUGAUACGAAAGUAAGCCCCGUGGGCAAAGUGCACAGACCGCCGAUACCACAACCGCACACGUUAGAAGCGGACGAGACGACGGACUUAGAAGAAUUAGAGCAGUUUGCUAAAACAUUUAAACAAAGAAGAAUCAAAUUAGGGUUCACGCAAGGCGAUGUCGGCCUGGCCAUGGGAAAACUGUACGGGAACGAUUUCUCCCAGACGACUAUAUCCAGGUUCGAAGCGCUCAACUUGUCGUUCAAGAAUAUGUGCAAGCUGAAGCCACUGCUUCAAAAGUGGCUCCUUGACGCCGACAACUCGUUAAGCAACCCGAAUUCCCUGAGCAACCCGAUGACCACCCCCGAGGCGAUAGGGAGGAGAAGGAAAAAGAGGACAUCCAUAGAGACGAGCGUGAGGGUCGCUUUGGAAAAGGCGUUCCUGCAAAACCCAAAACCGACCUCUGAAGAAAUCUCUGUUCUCGCCGACAGCCUCACCAUGGAGAAGGAAGUCGUACGAGUAUGGUUUUGCAACAGGCGACAGAAAGAGAAGAGGAUCAACCCACCGCCCACAUCUUCAAUGGGCUCGCCUGGAAGCGGAGGCAGCAUGUUCGGUAGCCCUUUGACAAGUUCUCCCAGCGGUCCUCUCGCCCUCGUCGGUGGCCCGCCAAGGCCCCAGUGACCCUGGCCCCUCCACAAGUCAUCACUAUUUAAUUGUAACUCACCCUUGUAAAACUUAUACAAACAACCCACGAAAAAGUUAUUCCAACUUGCCAUUUAGUUUUAUCCGAAAACUUUCAUUGGGAUUUAGACAAAAAAAAUUAUAAUGAGUGAUGCAAACGAUUUAAACAUCAGAUAAACAAGAAUGAAAAAGAAAAAAACAAUUUUUUUACAUUAGAGGCAGGCUAUCAGAUUCUUACAGAAAACAAUAUUAAUUGUUAAAUAAUGUAAAUAGAUUAUCAACAUUAUAGUAGAUUAACAUAAGGAAUUUUUUUUGUUCUUUUUAACACAAAGUGCAGAGUGAAGAUGAUUAAAAACUGUGCUUUAACAAAGUUAUCCUAUUAUAUGAUGGUAAAAGGAAAUUAUCUGACUUAUAACAUAGUUUCAAUGUGUUUAUAUUGUCAUUAAUGUAACAUUUAUAUAUUUGUAAAUUAUAAUAGGGUAUGACUAAGUGAUUACAAUGUAUACAAGGAAUACAAAAAAAAUCGUAUAGCAAAAUUCCUUCCCAAAUUAUUGCAUCGUCCAAAGUGUCGAUUACCUAUUACCGAUAGAACAGUUGUGAACGUGUGUGUGCAAUUAUUUUUACUGAAAAAAAUUGAUUUAUAAACUAAAGGAUAUUAUUUAUAUGUUAGUAUUGUAUAGAUGAAUGUAUAGUAUGAGGGUGUGUACAGAAUUAGUUUUUAAGUUUUUCAAUGUAAAGGACUUUACACUUCUAUUGUAUAUAUAUUAUUAUGAUAUAUUAUUAUAAGAAAGCAUUAAGAACAAUUUGACCAUUUUGAAAAUAACUAGAGCAAUUGUUUGCUCUUUUGUUGUUUCUAAUGUUUAUCGGAUCCUUGGAAUUUUUUUGUCUGUGUUAAUUUGUAAAGGCGCAUUUAAUUAAUAAUUUGCUAAGUAUUUUUUUAAAAGGUUUAUUUCUGUAUUUAUACUGUUUAAUGUUAAAAGCGGCGAUUCUUCUCGAUACCAAUUUGACAAGUUAAAAUUGAAUUUUAAUUUGUAAAAUUUGUCCCGAGAAGAACUUGUUUGUUAAGCUUAAAGUUUGUUUUGAAUUAUUAAAAAACUCUGUUUUGGAAAAGGCUCCAAAGAAGAAUUUUCUUUUUUUAAAUUUGUAUUUGAAAUAAUGUUAAGAGUCGAUCUCAAAACAUUAAGAAUAAAAUAAACGGGGGGAGAGCAUGUUACGAGAGGCAUAGUCUUCCAAAAUAUCAUGGUAGAGUUCCUAAUUUAAAAAAAGGAACAAUCUGGAUAAUGUUUUCUUUUUUAAUUUAUUUUGUUAUAUCCAGAUUUUUCUUAUUUUUAUUUUAUAUACAGUAUCAGUUGAAGUUAUUGAAGAAAUUUUUGAAAAUCAAUAUGGCAAUGUGAUGUGAGGACCAACAUCAAAAUAGUUCCUAUUCGCUUUAUUAGGGCAAACUAUUAGAAUUUUUUGUUCAUUUUAAUUAGUUUAAUUUAUGCUCGCUUUAAACCUGUGUUCAAUUUUUAUUUAUUAAUUAUUUUUCUCUUUAAUUACAGAAAAACAAAUCUGAAUAUUAAAAAUGCAGGGUCUGUAAUUAAGGACACAUUUUAUUAUUUUAUGUUUACAUUACUUUUAUGAUUAAUAUCCCUGAAUUUGACUAAUCCCUCAUUAAAUUUAUAUUUCUUA